UUUGCAUAAUUCUUUAGGUUAUAAUGCUGAAACCAUCACCAUUACGCGUACCUUUAUUUUGGUAGUUUUAUUAUAUGUGUUAGGGCCACUCUGGAGACCUCUUUCUCGCAGCAACAUUCCAUCCACAUGUAUUCCACAACAAAAUACAAUAAAUUACCUCUACUUGUGUUUUGAAUUAUGGUUGCAUUCUUUUAAUAAGGCAUAAUUCUCGAGUUAACUAUAACGAAGACAACUAUUUAUUUCGAGGCUGAAUUUCAGAAACAAUAUAGACCAAUUUUCUAUUUUUCAUGCACAAUGACCGGCCACCAUUGCACUGAAAUCGGGGUAUCUCAAUAUUAUGUGCCCCUGGCCAAAGCACGAAGAUUUAAAACCAGAGGGCCACCAAAGAAAGGUGUAGGAAAGACACCUCUAUCUGGUUGCCAUGUCGGAAGUCAAACUGGGACCUCCUAUCCGAUGCAUGGAAUCCGAUUUCCAUUGGAGUGCUGGUGGCCACGUUGUGCACAGCGUGUAUUAUGAACAAAAAGUAGAAAAUACAGACGAUGCCUGGGAGAAAAAGUUAUUGGAACUUGCAUACACAGCUGAGAGUGGUAAUAAAUAUGUGGAGCUCAUUGUAAAGGGAAUAACGCCUCCUCAACCCCUUAGAUACCAGUUUCUUUAUGCUGGCCAACAUUGUUGUAUCAUCGGACACCAAAUCCCUUCAUCAGGGGGUAAAACAACUUGUAUGGUGUGGUCCCUAGAAAAAGAAUUUGGAACAUUGUCAUCAGAAUGCAAGCCAACACUUGACAAAUACUGCGAAGGGCCAUAUAAUAUUCCGUCAAGAAGCGUUUACACGUGCCCGGAGACACAAUAACAAAAAAUUAAAGCUCCAGCUGUACGGUCCCAGAAUCCAUCUCUUUCCUAAUUUGAGCCUUAAAUUUUUCUUUUCUAUGAAUGACAAAUAAGAAACGCCUUUGAAGGCCCGUCUUUCAAAUAAAUAAAAACUACGACCAAACUCA